GCCACCGGGCACCAGUUGAUUAGCUGCUCCCGACGUGGCAGCGGCGCCGCUCCUGCUCGCUGCCCGACCUAGAGAAAGCGCUCGACGGCGAUCGGCGAGAGAGCCCCGCGGGGAGCGUGGCUUUAGUGGACUUUGCGGUGCGGCUGACGGCUGCGUGACGUGGAAAGCGAGCCGGCAGACGACAGCAGCGUGGGAAGAGAGGGAGAGACGUGUCAGCACAAGGCGGCGGACGCCGGGUCGCCCGCAGGGCAGAAGCGUGUUGCCUCGGCGGACAGUGCUGUUUCGACACACGCCACUGUGGCGCGCUAAUAGACGGGGGCUUACAGGCAAGGCAUUCCAGGGCCACGAUGAGCGCGGUGCGCCCCAGUCCGCUGAACGGCAGCCGCCUGCGUGAGGCUGUCCGCCAAGGUGCCGUCCUGAGUCCGCCUCUGACGCCCGUUUUCGCCGACAUCGGCGCCGCGCCUCGCAGGGGUGGAGUCAGCCCCAGAGCCGGGGUGGGCCGCCGGUUCGCCUCGGACACGUGUCUGGCCGUGCUGCCGAACCGCGCGCCCGUGUACAGGCACCCGCUGAGCGCCGCGCCACCGCAGCCGCUGAUCUCACCGCAGCAGCAGGCGCGUCGUCAGCAGCAGCAGCAGCAGCAGCAGCAGCAACAGCAGCAGCAGCAGCAGCAGCAGCAGCAACAGCAGCAGCCGCGUGGAACUAGACGCAGGCUGUUUGACGUCAGAGACAGCGGUCAAGAGCUGGAACUGGCAGCCAACGCGUCCAAGAUGAACUCCACGGAGGCGGAGAAGAACCUGUGGAAGCCGCACGUCGGUGUUAGCGAGGCCGCGGAGAAAUGUUUCCCGAAGAGCAACAGCACCACGACGUGUGGUAUAGAAAACGUGCGGGCGUACAGUAGUAAAGGUAUUGACUUCUUCUGCCGCGUGCAGAACCUCGAGCAAAAGAGUCUCCUCGAAUGCAACGCCGACUACAAGCCGGACGCGCGCAACAAGCUGCUGGGCUCGCCCACCAGCCAGCGGAGUCAAGACUCUGGCUUCUCCGACUCGGGCGAGUCCAACUAUGACUCCCAGAGCGACGACCACAAGCGUGAGCGGCGCGUUCGCUUCGAGAAGCGGUCGUUCGCGCGGACUCUCUCCAAGAUUAUGCGCGGCGCCAGCGCGUCGGGUCGCGCGGCGAAGUGCGCGAGCGCGACCCCCCUGGCGACGCCCGCCGGCCCGCCGGCGAGCCAGGAGUCCUCGACGCUCCCCCGACCGCGGCCGCGGGCCGGCCACACGCCCAAAUCGUCGCGCUUCUCGCACUCCAGCCUGCAGGUGGUGGAGGAGUACAAGCGGCUGGGCGCCGUCUCCGCCAGUUGCCAGGACCUGGCGCUGGCUGGCCGCGCCGGCCCGCUCACCUCCAGCCCCGUGCGCGCCGACCACGUGCUCGAGUGCUCGGCCAUCGAGCGCGAGCUGGACUCGAUCCUCGAGCGCGCCGAGCUACCCGACACGCAGCACGUGACCGUCCGGCCACGGCCCUCGCUCAACGACACCACCAUCGACUUUUCGCCGCGCCUGCAGGCGGCAGCCGACCUGCAGGCGCGCCGCUUCUGCAGUCUGCCCCGCGAGCAGGCGGCCCGGCCCGACCCCACCAUCCGGAUCGACGACGCCCCCACCUAG